UCUGAGCUCAGCUGAGGUCAGAGGCUUGAGUCUAAGGUACGGAGCGGAUCAUGUUGAAGAUGAGCGGGUGGCAGCGACGAAGCCAAAGUCAGAUCCGGAAUCUGAGGAGAGAGGUGAGUACUGGCUCCCCAUCUGCCCUUUACCUUCCCACUCUCACGAACAUGGGUUGUCCCUCCAAAGUUAAGGCAUCCGCUCUUUAGGAUGUGGCCCCACCCCCUCCACAGUGAAGUUAGUGACCCUCCGGGGGGGGGGGGAUGGGAGGAAUCCCUUAUUCAGGAGUGGUGCUCACAGACCUCUCUUCCUCUGGAUGACAGCGUCACUCCACUUCUGCCCGGAGUACGGGCCCUGCUCUGUGCUGUUGGGCGAGGGGGCGCCGGCUGCCUCCCAGAGACUCCUGUCUUUCGGGUUGCUGACCCCAGGCCUCCUCGUUAGACCUGUCUAGUGGGAGACGGGUCAACAGGACAUACCCCCGCGCCGAGAAGGCUAGGUGACCGUGGCUCGGGCUGCUAUCGCCGCCGCUUAGCCACCAGCAGUCCUACCCUUGUGCCACUCGAAAUCCUGUCCCAGCCACAGCUUCUUGGGACCAGCCUGGCCACAUUGGUAGCUGGUGGCUCCUGGACCCUCCAUGGGAGAGCUACUCCACACCUGGCAAAGGACAGGAGAACUUUAAGGAGACUGACCCAAAUCUCUGGGAGGAGGGGUGUAAAUGGACAAGGAGCAGAGAUGGAUUCUCCCUUUCCCCAGAAUCUCCCGGCCUCCUGCAUAAGAGAGCAGCCUAAGUGUGGGAAGCCAUUUGGAGUCUCCCUGGUGUAUUGUCCUUCCUCUGGGAUUGGUCCCUGCCUGUUUCCCCCAUCCUGUCUCCCAACCAAUCUCUGUGUAACCAUUGCAUCAGGCCAGCCCCGUUUGGCUCUGCAGCCCUCUGGCCUGGGGCUCCACUGCUGAUGAAAGCCAGGUCCCACGCACUGGAAGGCAAGGGAGCCAUCCCCAGGGAGGACAACCCUGCAGAGAAACACUGAAGGCGAUAUUGCAUCUGCAGUCCCCAGGGAUAGGCAGCCGCCACUCUGCUUCUGAGCUUAGUCCUCCCUACCCCGUAAGACACAUGGGGGAAACUUAUCCACUCAUUCUUAACAAAUAUUUAUCCAGCACUUACUAUGUGCCAGACACAUUUGGGGCCCAGGGUGCAUUGGUGAACAAGAGGGAAAAAAAAUCUCUGUGCUCACAGAGCUUACAUUUUAGUGGAAGGAGGCACAGAGUAAACAAAUGCAGUGGAGAAAACGAAAGCCGAGAAAGGAAGAGAGAAUGCUCAUGGUAGGGGUUACAGUUUUACAAAAGGUGGUCAGGGAUUACUUCACUGAGGUGCCAUUUAAGUGAAAGACCUAAAGGACAUGCAUGCAAAUAUCUGGAAGAGCUUUCCAGAAGGAAGAGCAAUAGUAAAGACCUUAAGGUGGGAGUAUGCCUGGGGUCUUUAGGGAGCAAAGGGCCAGUUGGAUGGACUAGAGUAGGCAACAAGAGGGUAGUGAGGAGAGAAAUGGAGGGGCAGGGGAGGAGCAGAUUGUAUAGUACCUUGUAAGAUAUUUUAAGGACUUGAGCCAUUUAUAUGAGUGGAAUAGGAAGUCAUUGGAGGGUUUUUUGCAGAGAAACAUGACCUGACUUAGGUUUUAAAAGGCUCAUUCUGUCUGCUGUAUUGUGGAUAAUAGACUUGAGGAGUAGUAGCAGGAACAGAAACUGGGAGAACAGCAGUAAUCGAAGGGAGAGAGGAUGAUAACUUGAUAUAGACUGGAAACAAUGUUGAGUGUUCAUAUUCUGGUUAUUUUUCAGGACUGCAUUAAGAGAUUUUGCUUGUGGCUUAGAUUGGAUUGUGGGGUGGGAGAGAAGAGAGAAAAUAAGAUCAAUUUACUGAGAUGGGGAAGAUGUUGGAAGGGGAAGAUCAGCAGUUUAGUUUGGGACAUAGUAAGCCUGAGAUGCCUGUAAGAUAUCCAAAUGGAGAUGGUAAGUAGACAGUUAAGAUAGUUGAAUUGGAGUUCCCAGGAGAGGUCCAGACUGGAAAUGUACAUAUGAAGGAUGUCAGUAUGGGAAUGGAGUUAGGAAAAUGCCCCUUGAUUUGUUCCCUUCCCUGUGGUCCAGUCCUUACCCUGGCAGCUUGGAGGCCUGCUGUGAUUUUAGAGAAAGCCGAGUUGGCCAGGACUUUGCUAUUGUGUAAUCAGAACUACAAAACAUCAGCAAACUAAAAAUAAAAGGAAGUCAGGCUCUCUUCUGUCCUUGGAAAUGGCUACAGGGACCAUUAACUAUCCAAACUGCUCCCAUACACUUCAAGACAGGAUAAAUGGAAGGACAAGUAGGAGGCUGGAGAUAGAAGUAAGCAAUCUGCCCCUCCCUUUUCCAAAAAUGGCUAACAUUUAUUUUUUUUCCCCCACAGUGUUCCAGAAGGAAGAGUAUCUUCAUACAUCACCACACCUGAAAGCAGGUAAAUUUAACUAACCCUUUCCCAAGAUCAAGUCUUAAGAGAUGCUGCUUCACUUCCCUUUGCUGCAACCCUAAGAAGUUAGGACAAGACCUAGAGAAAGUGGGGGAGAAGGGUUUGAAUCUGAGCAAGAUUUUGCUGCCAGCCACGUCCAUCUUCCUGGCCUGCUCCUCACAAGAGUCUGAUCCAACCACAGAGAUGGCAGCUGAGUCAUUGCCUUUCUCCUUCGGGACACUGUCCAGCUGGGAGCUAGAAGCCUGGUAUGAGGACCUGCAGGAGGUCCUGUCCUCAGAUGAAAACGGGGGUACCUACGUCUCACCCCUUGGACACGAGGAGGUGACAGUACUGACCACCAUGUUGUCGGGCCGGUGGUGGCCAAGUACCAGGGGGAGCGUAGGACUAGGGUCCCGAGGCCCUUCUCGGGGAUCCCAGCUCUGUGCCCUCUAUGCCUUCACUUACACUGGGGAAGAUGGCCGGCAAGUGUCUCUGGCUGAAGGGGACAGGUUCCUCCUGCUUCAAAAGACCAACUCAGACUGGUGGUUGGCAAGGCGCUUGGGCACACCUUCCAACUCUCGACCCAUCUUCAUCCCAGCUGCCUACAUGACAGAGGAAUCUACGCCUUCCCAGAGCCCAACCACCCUUACCCCCAGCCAACCCUUCCGGACUCCUGGGCCAAAGUUGCUUCAUGGCUCCCUGGAGGAGCUGCACCUGUCUCAGGCACCCCCAGGCAGAGCCCAGGCUAGGAUGGAGCAGCCCCCUCCUCUUCCCCCCAAAAUUACUAGAAGUGUCAGUACUGCCAAUUUGAGGCCCGGCCUCCAGAAGCCCCUCCAGGAAGGACCAAGUGGAAGAUCCCUCUCUCAGGGAGACUUGCUGACAGAGGCCAGUGUGAACACGGCACCACCCCAGCCCCUCAUGUCAGAGCCCCCUGUGUAUUGUAACCUGGUGGACCUUCGCCGCUGUCCCCGGUCCCCACCCCCAGGCCCUGCAUGCCCCCCGCUGCAGAGGCUGGACGCCUGGGAGCAGCACCUGGACCCCAACUCUGGACGCUGCUUCUACAUAAAUUCGCUGACAGGCUGCAAGUCCUGGAAGCCCCCUCGCCACACUCGCUCCCGAGAGACGAACCCUGGCUCCAUGGAGGGGAUACAGAUCCUGAAUAGGGACAAUGGUAUCCUGCAACCUCAGGCAAAGGGCUCCGGAUCCGACACAGUGACCCCAGAACUGCUCGACCUCCAGGGCUCCCCCAGCCUCUGCCAGCGCUCCUCCCAACUGGACCCCUUGGGCCAGCCUCCAGCCUUGCAGCCCCCACGACCUCUGCCGCAGCUCCUGGAUGACCCCCACGAGGUGGAAAAGUCCGGCCUGCUCAACAUGACCAAGAUCGCCCAGGGUGGGCGCAAACUUAGGAAGAACUGGGGCCCAUCUUGGGUGGUGUUAACUGGCAACAGCCUGGUGUUCUACCGAGAGCCACCAGCGACUGUGCCCUCCUCUGGCUGGGGACCAGCGGGCAGCCGGCCGGAAAGCAGCGUGGACCUGCGCGGGGCGGCCUUGGCCCAUGGCCGUCACCUGUCCAGCCGCCGCAACGUCCUGCACAUCCGCACGGUCCCUGGACACGAGUUCCUACUGCAAUCGGAUCAUGAGGCCGAGCUGCGAGCCUGGCACCGCGCGCUGCGGGCGGUCAUCGACCGGCUGGAUCGGGAGAACCCUCUGGAGCUGCGUCUGUCUGGGUCGGGGCCGGCGGAGCUAGCGGAGCUGAGCGCCGAGGAGGACGAAGGUGACGAGCCAGGGCUGGUGACCAAGCCACUGCUGAGGCUCAGCGGCCGCCGGAGCUCCACUCGGUGUCCGGAAGGAGCAGAGCAGAACCGCGUGCGGAGCAAACUAAAGCGGCUUAUCGCAAAGAGACCUUCCCUGCAAAGCCUGCAGGAGCGGGGUCUACUCCGAGACCAGGUAUUUGGCUGCCAGUUGGAAUCCCUGUGCCAGCGUGAUGGGGACACUGUGCCCAGCUUUGUACAGCUCUGCAUUGCUGCUGUGGAUAAGAGAGGUCUAGAUGUGGAUGGCAUUUACCGGGUGAGUGGGAACUUGGCAGUGGUCCAGAAACUCCGCUUCCUGGUGGACAGAGAGAGGGCGGUCACCUCCGAUGGGAGGUACGUGUUUCCUGAACAGUCAGGACAAGAAGGCCGAUUAGACUUGGACAGUGCCGAGUGGGAUGACAUCCACGUCAUCACUGGAGCCCUGAAGCUUUUUCUCAGGGAGCUGCCCCAGCCUCUGGUGCCCCCACUGCUGCUGCCCCAUUUUCGUGCUGCUCUUGCCCUCUCGGAGUCAGAGCAGCGCCUCUCCCAACUUCAGGAAUUAAUAGCCUCCAUGCCAAAGCCCAACCAUGACACUCUGCGGUACCUCCUGGAACAUUUAUGCAGGGUGAUAACACACUCAGAUAAGAACCGCAUGACCCCCCACAAUCUGGGAAUUGUGUUUGGACCCACCCUGUUUCGGCCUGAGCAGGAGACAGCUGACCUGGCAGCCCACGCCCUCUACCCUGGGCAGCUGGUUCAGCUGAUGCUCACCGACUUCACCAGCCUCUUCACUUGACUUGGACAAGGCACAGAAGGAAGAGAAAAUGUGAAAAUGUGCUUCCAGUGAUUUCUGUCGGGUACCCUUUGGCAGAAGGGGGUCUCUGUUUUGAGGAUGUCCCUUUAAAUCUUGUGUCUCCAAAA